AUGUUAGGAAUAGAUCCACACAACUAUUUAAUACCAAAAGUAAGUGCGACUCAACAUUUACAAACAAUUGACUCUUUUCGUUUUGACAUUUUGGAGAAGAAAAUUGAUAUUAUUCUUUUUAGAACAGAUUUAAUUAUGAAAGAACUACGAACAAUACCUCGGUGUAAAGAUCAACAAAACUUUAAUUUAAACGAAACUAAUUUGUCUUUAAGUCAACGAAAAAUGGAACAAAAUCACGACUUAAACAAAGAAAUAGAAGAGAAACAAUCCCCAUUAAAACAAAACAAAAUUCUUGAAAAAAUGCACCAAACUGAAAAAGAAUCUCAAACCCAAAUUGUUCAUUUUAGUUUACCGAAGAUUGAAAAAGUGGAAAAUCAAAAUGACGAGAAGAUUGAAGCGAAAAAUCUUGAGAAGAGGGAAAAAUAUCUGACUGAAAAAUAUAAAGCGCUCCGAAUAAUUAAUGAGGAUAAAAGAAAACUAUUAGAAAAUCUUAAAAAGAAAAAAAAAGACCAAGAAAAAUUAAAAUUUUUCAAUACAAACGUUUUGAAAGGACAAAUUGAAAUCCCAGAAAACUUGAAAAUUGAUGUGAAAAGUGUCGAGCAAAAACAUCCACAAAACGAAAGUCAAAACGUAACAAUCAAACAACUUCAACCCAUCAAACAAAGUGAUGUUGAGAUCGAAGAUCAAAUUGCCAAAACGAAUGAACUUCAAAAAGAAAAUGAAAAGGAAAAAACGAAACAACCAGAAAAUCCUACGAAAGAACAAAUUGAACAAUUUAUUAUUGAACGAAUAACAAACACAAUUAAUAAAUUUGAAGAUGAUUAUGACAUACUCAGAAAAACAAAUAGAGCCAAGAAAAACGAAAUACAACUUAUCAAAAAGAGACGUCUUGAACAAUACAAUGGUUCUAUUUCUAAACUCUAA